CGCAUCAGGCAGUAAUACAUGCUAUGAGCAACCGCACUGGUUUAGGCCCUCAAGGCCGCCCCACUUGUGAACCAUGCCGCCAGCGGAAAGUCCGUUGUAACAGGAAGUUGCCGUGCUCGCACUGCUCCCGUCUGCAGCUCUCGUGCGUCUACGAAACACGCAGACGGCGUGCGCCGAUCAAAGCACCAUCCAGGGCUUCACCACGACCUCGUACUUCGAGGACACCGCCAGCUCAAGAGCACGAGCUUCCUAAUACGGCAAAUAAUCUACCGACAAAUCAAGAUAUCCUGGACAGGCUUACUAAAGUCGAAGAGCUUAUUUCCGAUCUCAAGGCAUCUUUCGAUCAUAGUAAAGCCUCCGAUGGCCCCGUAGAACAUGAGCAACACGCACCGGGUCCCGUUCUAGUACCGCCCGCUCAGCCCUCUCAAGAAGCCCCGAUGGACAAGAGAGUGAGGAGCAGUUAUGUUGAUAAUUCAGUGUUUGUCGGGCUGUUGCUGGACGGCGCUUCCCGACAAGCUUCCGGGAUUGGCAAGCCACCAGCCAGCUCGCCAGGUUCAUCAACUCAUCGCUCAUUCACACAAUACAGCAUAGUCGCCACCGACGUGUUCGGGGAUCAAGUUGAUAAUAUCUCCAUCCCUUCACAAACAUACGAAACAUUAUGGUCUUUUUAUAAACUGAACUUUGAUCCCCUGGUGAAGCUCUUGCAUAUACCCACGAUACAACCAAUUAUAAUGAAUGCCUCUGCCAACCCCCGCGAGGCAGACGAUACAACAAUGACCCUGGUAUAUGCUGUUGCAUUCGCGGCUACGGUAACGGUGCCAAGGGCUAAAUCAAUGGAGCGACUCGGGUUUGAAAAGACAACCCUCCUGCGUCAUCUGAUGCAACAAAUGGACAGCGCAUUUAUGAGGUCACAGUUUCUGUUACGCCCGAAUACACGGGCUCUGACGGCUCUUGUCAUCUAUUUGACCGCACUAAGAACUCACGACGCAACCCGAACCCCCUGGAUACUCACCGGUCUUGUUAUGCGCAUUGCCGAGUCACUUGGUGUCCAUGUAAAUGGCAUCCGUCUGGGUCUGGAUCCUUUUGAGACCGAGAUGAGACGUCGGCUUUGGUGGCAUAUAACCGCUCUGGAUGCCACUGCGCCUGAAAGCCAUGGGUUCAAUUCGACGACUGUGGACCGUGACCACCCAUAUCUAUUACCAGCCAAUAUCGAUGACGUCGACAUUUCUCCACAAAUGAAAGAGCCACCGACCGGGAAGGAUACGUGGACGGAAAUCUCAUUUUCCAUCAUGAACUUGAAUCUGUGCCGCAGUUUAAGACGCGCGGUUGCUACAACCACGAAGAAUGAUGCUGGGAGCCAAGUGGACAGAAUCCGUGAAACCGAAGGCAAAGUCGAGCAGGAAUGGCUGCGGUUCGCGGAUAUGACGAACCCAGUAUGUCGUGCUGCAGAUGCUCUGCUCCGCAUAUCUGUCUUAAAGGCACAUUUCAUCUUAACGCUUCAAACAUGGCUUUCGAUUACAAAAAGUACAGAUUGCAGAUACGAUCAUCUCCCCCAGUCGGCAUUCACGACAGCCAUUAAACUACUCGAGGACGGAUACUUGCUUCAGUCAGGUAAAUUAUUCGAAAGCUUUGCAUGGUACUAUCAACAACAUCCUCAGCUGUACGCAUUGUUUCUUGUGCUACGCACACUGCGCGCCUCACCUGGCCGAGCCGAGGCAGAUAGAGCAUGGGUUGCGGUGGAUAAUUAUUUUACCUGCCUAACCGACUUUGAAGAGGCAUCCGAGAUGAAGGGCAGGACGAGCUGUGUUUGGACAGUCCUGGGUCCAUUGCGUGAUAAGGCCAGAGAGUCCUGUGAUCAAAUGAAUCGCAAAGCGCGAGGAUUGUUAUCAGCGGAAGUAUCAUCGACAGUUUCCCCUACUGACUUAACACAGACAGGCCCUUUCGAUGAAUCUAUUCCGCUCCUCCCAACCACCGAUGCUAAUACGCAGUUGUCACCAUUCCGCACAAGCCAGCUCACAUUAGAAUCUUCAGCUUUGGAUAAUAUCCUCAUGUGGCAGGAUUUCUCUGAUUGGUUCAAUAUAUAAUCCUCAUUACACCCGAGGUUUACUGUCAAGCAUAACAAUCAGAUAUAAAAUCUAGGGAAAAAGAGCUGGGCAUUUUGUAUAUGGGUGUUGCGCUUUAUGACCUCGGUGCGGGCAGUCAUGUUCAAUCCGCCUACGAAAGUGAGAGUCCACCUAAAACAGCGGAUGCUAAGCAAUAGCCAUGAUUAGUUAGUACCCAAACAGCUAUAUGUG